CCUCCUUUGUAAUCAUUACACCAUUCUCACAAUCCAUACUGCCACAGGUACUGUACACAACCCCACCCACCCCCACCCCCACUCCCUCUACCCAACCAUCACCAUACAUACCCCCAUACCCUCUUUCAAUCUUCUCACCUUUUUUUCCUUCUAUAUAUACACAUCAACUUUGAGAGAGACGGUUGUAACAAGUUUCUUCAUUUUAUAGCUUUUGCAUUACUUCCUUCUCUCUAUUCAUAUCAACCCCUUUUGUUUUUCUUGAACUUUCACAUAUCAAUCUUGUUGCUAAAUCAACUUGGAAAAAUUUGAGUUGCUAAAUUUGUAGAGAGCUGGACAGCUGAUUUAUGUGUACAAUGGAUCCUUCUAGUCAUGUGCAGCAUCAUCAUCAUCAACAGGAAAUGUCUUCCCAAACACUUGAAAGCAUGUUGGUUUGCACAAAGCCUGAGCAAGAAAAGAAGCCAAGGCCAGCAGAACAACAACCCCAAAAAUGUCCAAGAUGCGACUCUGCCAACACCAAGUUUUGCUAUUAUAACAACUACAGUCUCUCUCAGCCCAGAUACUUCUGCAAAUCUUGCAGAAGGUACUGGACUAAAGGAGGUACACUUCGAAAUGUUCCAGUUGGUGGUGGUUGCAGAAAGAACAAAAGGCCAUCGUCAUCAUCCAAGAGAAGCCAAGAUAACAGCCCUAAUAGUAACAAUCCAAUAUCUCCUCUCAGCAUACCUACUAUAUCUUCCUAUGAUCAUUCCUCCACUGAUUUGAGCCUAGCAUUUGCUAGACUCCAAAAACAAGCAAGUGGGCAUCUGGGAAUUGAUCAAGAACACGACGACGACGACAACAACAACAACAAUAUGUCAAUGCUGUACAAUCCUGACAACACUAGUACUACUGUCCCUUCUAGCUUUCUUGAUGCACUAAGGGGUGGAUCAUUUCUUGAAAAUGCUCCAAAUGGAUUUCACCACAAAAUGUACUAUGGGAACUAUGGAGGUAUGCUAGGGGCGAAUAGCGAAGAAAUGGGAAUGAAUUACGAUCAAGAAAUGAGCAUUGGUACAACUAAUGCCAGUACUAUAAUGACAACAACAGUGAAGCAAGAAAUGUGCGGUAUGGCAAGAUCAUCUGAAGGCGAUCAGAAUAAUAAUAGCAAAGUUUUGUGGGGUUUUCCAUGGCAACAGAUGAAUGAAGAUCAUUUAAACAAAAUGAAUAUGAGUGAUUUUGAAUCAACAAACAGGCAAAAUUGGAGUGCAUUUGGAGUUUCUUCUAAUUGGCAUGGACUUAUCAAUAGUCCUCUUAUGUAGAGGUUAUUAGAAGAAUUAAGCUCAAUCUUUGCAAAGAGAAUUAAAGGAGAUAGAAUUUCAUUCUUAGAUUAGAUAGUUUUAAUGUUUAAUUUAAAUAUCUAAGAAUUUUGUGUCAGGUGUUUUCAUUGAUUCGUCUGAAUUAUUAAUCCCUAUGUUAUUUUAUUUUAUUUGGGUUUAAUACCAUGGACUGUGUAUCUUUUUAGGUUUGUUUGUCUAUUAUUGAUUGACAAAUUAAUGAAACUUAAAACUUUGUUCUCUUA